AUGUCGUUCUCCUCACUCGUGUCUGAUCUGGCCUUUAGAGGUAGCCUUUCCGACGACCGCAGCUCUUUAACCUCCAAUGGCCUGAGAUCUCAACAAACCCCCCCUCGAUCAUACGUUAGCACUGCGGCAACUAGCGUGAGCAUAUCGGGAGAUAUCUCCAGCCAGCUCCAUGCAGGUUACAGCCAUCCUUUGAACAGAGCAUGGCAGGCUGAGCGGCAGUUAACAAAGUCCAUGCUCAUCUACCCCCUCUUCAUCACGGACAAUCCAGACGAAGAAACCCCGAUCCCCUCCCUCCCCAACCAGCGCCGCCACGGCGUUAACCGUAUCGUCCCACUUCUCACCCCUCUAGUCCAAAAAGGACUCCGAUCUGUCAUUCUCUUUGGCGUGCCUCUCGCUCCCAGCGCAAAGGAUGCCUUAGGAACAGCCGCAGACGACCCCAACGGCCCCGUCAUCCAGGCCAUCCGCGUAAUCCGCUCACAAUUCCCAGAACUCUACAUAAUCGCCGACGUCUGCCUCUGCGAAUACACCUCGCACGGCCACUGUGGUAUCCUCCGCGAAGACGGCUCUCUCAACAACGCUCUCUCCGUCGACCGCAUCUCCGACGUCGCUCUCGCCUACGCCGACGCAGGAGCCCACUGUGUCGCCCCCUCAGACAUGAACGACGGCCGCGUGCGCGCCAUAAAACUCAAACUCAUCGAUGCAGGGAUCGCCCAUCGCGUCCUCCUGAUGUCCUAUAGCGCCAAAUUUAGCGGCUGCUUAUAUGGGCCCUUCCGCGAUGCGGCGGGUUCCUGCCCUUCCUUCGGGGACCGGAAGUGCUACCAAUUGCCUCCGGGUGGUCGCGGGCUGGCCCGCCGUGCCAUACAGCGUGAUAUUGCUGAGGGCGCGGAUAUCAUUAUGGUCAAGCCUGCCGGCACCUACCUGGAUAUCAUUAGCGAUGCUAGGGAGCUCGGUAAAGAUAUGCCUGUGGCGGCGUAUCAGGUGAGCGGGGAGUAUGCCAUGAUCCAUGCUGGGGCGAAGGCUGGAGUCUUUGAUUUGAAGUUGAUGGUGAUGGAGAGUAUGGAGGGUAUUCUGAGAGCUGGGGCGAGGAUUGUGGUGAGUUAUUUUGUGCCAGAGUUGUUGGACUGGCUUUCCACUUGA